AUGUCCACCAUAUGUGAUGAAGUCGAAAUAAAAAAGUGUACUGCAACCACAAAUACCAGGUGUGCUUGCAAGAAUGGUACUUUCUGCUCACCUGGCCAGCCAUGUGAAACGUGCACUAAAUGUAUGACAAGCUGUGGUCCUGGAGAAAAGAAGGUGCAGGAUUGCACGCCUACAAGUGACAUCCAGUGUGUUCCUGAUACUACUUCAUCACCUCCAACAAAGUCCCCUGGACAAGGAGGUCACUUGGUCUGGCUUUUUGUGCUUGUUCCGGUGCUGUUUGCGGUGGUUCUGGGCUUGGUGAUAUUCUGCUGUUGGAGAAAAAACACAAACUUUAGAGAAGUUUGCAUAGGUUUCUGGACCAACAAGCGUACCCAAUUCCUCCAAUAUCUGCCGAAGAAGUCCAGUCCAGAAGUAAGCGAAGAACAUGACAACAUGUUGAACACGCAAAGGACGGAGAAAUCCAAAAUUCCUUCGCCCAGUCCUAGCACUGCCAAUGGACAAGCACCAGAAAUAAUGACUCCAUUAAGAGCUUCCGCACCAGAGGAGGAAGGUCGAGAACAUGCAGUAAUGAGGAAAUUAGUUCCUAGAAAUUGCAACGACAAAACAAAAACUCUGAGUCAAUCUUUUGACGUCUUCAUCGACAAGGUGCCCCAGGAGUAUUGGAAGAGAUUCAUGAGGCUCCUCAAGUUGAGCGACAAUGAAAUUGACUCUGCAAUAAUCUCUUCACAAUAUAAAAACGAUCAGUAUUACCAAAUGCUGCGGACCUGGCUGGACAAAAACGGUCAGGCAGCUACCUUGAAUGUUCUUCUGGAGGGGCUCAGGGACAUGGACUUAAAGGGUAUUGCAGAAGAAAUCACAAACAUUCUCCUUAAUAAGCAUUUGUACGUCUACGAAGAUUAGAUGCUUAGCCAGGUGGUCUCUUCUUGAAUCUAGUCUUUGACCGCCUGGCAAAAUGGUAAGGAGAAGAUGUUAUGUUGCUAGCUUCUUCUUCAAGUCAUCAAUUGUUUACAUUUUAAAAUAAUAAAAACCAGCACGAGGCCUUCUACUAUAUGUUGGUAGCUAGGACUGUGCUGGACAUGAGACCCAAAGUCAAAAUACGCUUUCAAAAUUAGAUGUGGAUUAUGCCAGGCAUAGUUGUCGCCCUGUCCUUAACAGGAAUGGUGUCCUUUCACAGACUUCGCCAAGUCACCCUUUAAUCUCAGGGAAAUACACCCUGGAGUUGAGGAAGUGCCAACAGCGUGCCAUGUAUGGCUUGGACUCUGUGCUUAGGUCCCUCUUCCUUUCUUUAGUCCACCUGGAUGGCACAACUGCUCUUUAAGCCCACCCCACCCCAAAGGAUCCAUCUCUUUAAAGAGGUGCCACGCAAAUUUGGCUUUUCAGAAAUUAUCAUGCUAAGAAAUAUUACUAUACCGGUGUUAUUUUGAAGGCUGUCCCAUUCUUUUCAGUACAAAUGAUGUUUCCUCCCCCACCCGAUGAAAGUUAUUUUUGGUGGCCAAAUGGAUCCUUUUCAAUAUAAAUUCUGUAUUAUUAUUAUUUUUUUUACAAAAAAAUAAUUCGUCGUAGGUAAAUUUGGAUAGACUUGGGUCUUCUUUUGAAUAUGCUGUGAUCUUUGUAUAUAUGUAUAAAGUAUUUGGUUUUAAAUCUAGCUGCUAUUUAAAAUAAAAAUGAACCUCCAUGAAUAAGGACAAUCCUUUCACUUGAUGGGCUAGCAUUUGCCAUUGUGUUGAAACUGUGAAGCUUUUCAUGAGUUUUCUGCUGAAUUUAAUUCUCCUGGGUAGAGAGUGCCAAAUGUUUAAAACCGAUUUCUUGUAUCUACAUCUCGGGGGUACUAGAUGUCGAGGGGAGAAAUAGUCCUUCCCUUAAUUCCAUACAGCAGGAGUCCACAACCUGUGGGCCACGAACCACUAUUGGGACGUGGCCUAUUUGCAACCAGGCCACACACGAGUGGCAUGCCGGUGCACCUGGUAAGGUUGGAAUACACGGCAAUGUAGUGUAUUCAGGUGCUCUCCUUAAGAGAAUUUCUUCUGCCAGGACUAGAAACAUUUUCUCUUCUUUCUCUUCAGUGAAAAUGAAGUAUCUCACAAAAAUGGAAUGCUAUGCCCAAAAUUAUUUUCUAUCUCCGUUUUUAGACAUGCCAUUAUGCAUGUCACCUAAAGAAAGGAUUGUUCUUAAAUGCACUUUGGAGGGUUUGUAGGAAUCUCUCUUCGGUAGUUUGAGAAGAGAGGCAGAAGGUUUUUCCAACUACUUGUUUACAAUUUAGUAUUAAUUGAUAUUCUACAGGGCAAGAUCCAGAUCCUCAGCAAGAGAAUUCGUAUAAUACGUUGAUGAAAUUGGCCCGAAUUGAUUGAUCUUUUUAAAAUAUCCUGUUAAUUUGAGUUCCUUAAAAAAAAAUACGUGCAUUGUGUAUUUGCUGCUCGAAGGUCAAAAUAGGAGCAUUAAAAAAGAAAUGUACUGAUCUUUACAGACGUUACCCCCCCCUAAAAAAAAUCCCCAGUAAUUGAAGUUCUUUAAUUUGCAAGAUUCUAUUUCUGAUUUGCAGUAAACGUGACAAGGGUUUUUAUUUACGGCAGUUUUAAAAAACAAGCUUAUGAAUUUUUUAUGUUGUAAAUUAUUAAUCUGGGCCAUGAGAGAGGGGCGAUUUGGCCUAUCGCACUCCGCGUCUUUGCAAGCAAUUCUUCGAGGUUGUAAAUUGCGGAGCUCCGUUCUCGUUGUGCCUGUAAAGGUAUUGUAGUCUCUGUUCUCUCGGUCUCACCCAUCAUGCUGAAGGACAGCUUCCAUCGGUCCUUCUUCCUGGGGCUAAUUAAAAAUGCAAGAAAAUCACCCUAGGAGAGACAUGUCCCCCUUCCCCCCCCCUCCCAUUUUCUUCUCCCUGAUGAAAUUCUCUUGAAAAAAAUUCUCUCUGGGCACAAUGAGAAUUGAUCUGCUGAAUAAAAUUCCGCAUUGGUGACAGGAAGGGCAUCCGGCCAGUAAACACUCUGCCCAGACUCCACCCCACGAAGGAUUAUGGAUUAUGGAGUCGUUAAAAGGAGAUUAUAUCAAUAUUUUGGAAAUCACGGCAAGGUAAGGUUGCAUUCUUUGGCUCUUGGCCUUUGUAGAGGCAACUUGCUGGCAGCCAUCCUAACAGCUGGGCUAAGUAAGCAUUCGAUCUGACCCAGCUGUGCUACAUUGGGCAGCUUCCUGGUGGUUUGUCCCCAUUCCUAGGGACUUCCUAGGGAAAGACACUCAUACAAUACUUCCAAAUAAGAGGAAGAAAAGCAGGGUUAGAUUGAUCUCCAAACCCCCAACCCCUUACAUUUAGGUGAAAACUCACUUAUUAGAAUUUUUUUUUUUAGAAUGGUCCUCUUUGGUUCCAUUAAAAAUUAUUUUUUUAAAAAUAAAAAUAGAUUUACCCCCCUAGAUUUACAGAUAUGAAUAUUCCUCCCCCCACUCUGUUCGGGUUUGAACUGGGCUUGCAAAAUAAAAAUAAAAACCAGGACUAAAGCAACUUUCAAGAGUGAGAUUUUGGCAACGAGUGGAGCAGGUUUUUUUUUAAAAAAAAUCUCUUAAAAAGCUACAAUUUGGGGCAUGCUUCCUCUGAGCCUGCUAAUCGGUCCACCAGGAUUUAAACUUUUGGAUUAAAUUGGAAUUGCAAGAAAAGUUCAGUUGACCUUGACUUCACUGAGAUCUUUCAAUAUUUUGAUUUCUUUUUCCACCCCUUUUAUCUGUGAUAUCAGCUUUCCUUUGCAGCUGUAGUAGGUCAGCGCAUUCAGAUCCCUCUUGUAGGGUCCAAGGUGGCCCUGAAGUUGUGUAGAACAGGGGUCUCCAACCUUGGGAAUUUUAAGACUUGUGGACUUCAACUCCCAGAGUUGAAGUCAGCAAAGCUGGCUGAGGAACUCUGGGAGUUGAAGUCCACAAGUCUUAAAGUUGCCAAGGUUGGAGACUUCUGGUGUACAACAUUGGUCUUUGUGCGCUGCCCUCUUUUCAGUGUUGAAUUCUCUGCUUUUGAUAUCCCACAUUUGAUUCUGGAUAAAGACUAUUCAUGUUUGGUAGUGAGUGGAUUCGGUCCCCUCUGAAAUCCAUGUCAUGGCAUUGUUGUUUUGGCUAGCUUACUGUGUUUGCAAUGUGUCCUUGAUUCCGGACAAUAUUUGUACGACAACAUCAGCACAAGAGGAAUUAGGUGGGAUGGUUUCUGCCCAUAACUUUCAGCAGUCAACAAUUUAAUUCAAGAGGGGUGGUGGACGGAAGGAAAGCAGAGAGAUUGCGAAUUUGGGUGGCAGAGCCAUCUUCCCAUUGCCCGAGGAACUGUCCAACAGCUUCUUGGGUAGACAACUGUUCUGGAUAAGCCUCAAUAUCCAGAACACUCAGCUGUGACUUUACACUGUGGCUUACUGUUUUGAGUGAAAAUAACAUUUUUUUAAAAAAUCGGGAUGAAUUUGAAUUUGCCUUACUCUGUGGCAUUUCCAGAGGCCAAUAAAAAGAGGGCCACGAGAAUUUUUAUUUGGUAUGGAAUGCAGGAAAUCACUGCAGCAUUAAAGAGAAGAGGGUACAUAAUGAUCGACCCCGAGCUUUUUAAAAUCUUAAGUCUCCUGCAUGCUUUUUGCAUGUGGUACGUGACGGAAGUCUUGAUGACCAAGUCCAUCUGAUUAAGUUUUUGUGGAGUUGGAAGACCAGGUCGCCUGUAAAUCUCUGAGAUUCAACAUAUUUCUCUCCGAUGUAUUGGCUAACACCAUAGGAUGAUAACAAGUCCAAAUCUUCUUUCUUAGCAGCUGGGAUCUGGAUCUUGCCAAAGGUAGAAUGCCAUAUUUGAAAACUUGAAAAUUGAAAUUAAGAAACAAAAGUAAUGUUGUAAAUAGUUACCCUUCAAGUUGAAGUUUGUUUCAAAGUUGUAUCUGUUUCUAGAUAUUUAAUAUAUGCUUUUUGUUUCCGUUUUCUUUUCUCUUUAAAAGUUAACUUCGUGUAGAAAUGUUAACUUAAGAUAAAGAAGUAUUUUAGAUGGUUAAAAAAAAACUUUUAAAAAAAAUGUGUUUGGGUUUGUGUAAAUUCUUGGUUAAUUUAUAGUCUUGCUUUUUGCUCUUUGCCUAUUGAAAUUACAACGAAAAUAGGUACUUGUUAAGCUAUGUAAAGUUCUGUUUUGCAAUAAAUAAAACCAACAUUAAAAAUU